UAGACAGCGGUGCAUGCUGGAUCUUGGCAAUAUGGCGUCCUCCUUGAUGUGCUGAUGAGAGGAGUUUUACUGUUGCUCCAGAGCAGAGGGCAAAACUCCCCUGACCCAAUAAGCCCAGUUUUCCUGUGUGGUCCGCAGACCCGUGUCGCGCGUGUCUCGGGACUCGUUCCCGGACAGGAGAGAGCCACGAAGCCGAAGGCCAGGACGGGUCAGGCCGCGCGGACCCGGGGCUGAGGAGCCGGCUGCGGACGGGCACGAUGGGCCGGUCCUGGCUCAGGUUGCAGCCCCUCAGGCGAGUGCGGGACCCGCAGGGCUGAGAGCCGGUGGACGAGCCCCGAAGCCCCUUGAGCCCGACCUCCUGAGGCCUCAGCCCGGCCAGCGCAGUGGGAGAACCCGCACCGUGAGCGGGGCGGCCUGGCUGCCCUGGGAUCCACUGAGGCGUUGGAGGCCGGGAGCAGGGUCAUCCCCCAGGCCUGAAGUCUCUCCCGCCUUGACAGUCCGGCCCACAGCUCUUCCGGAAACCGACGGCCUCCGGAGCUGCGGGUGUGGGCUGGGGCGCGUGUGUGCCCGCGCAGCUCUUGGGGCUGCGGGUUGGUUACCCACCGGCUCUACACCCCCACCCCGCCCCCUCCGACUUCCCGCCCAGAGUUCGAGAUAAAGAUCUCCGAGUGUUUUGCCUGAAUAAGAUCUUCGAACACUCUCCCACCAUUUCUUCCCCCAACUCCCCGUUUUCCUGUAUUUUAUUUCUCCAGUUCUGGUACACACUAGUUUUUAAGGCUGGAGGUUCUUGAGCGCUUGCUGCCAAGGACUCCCCCUCCCCCUCCCCCCCUGAUGGAGUCGGAGAUGCUGCAGUCGCCUCUUAUGGGACUCGGGGAGGAAGAUGAGGCCGACCUUACAGAUUGGAACCUGCCUUUGGCUUUUAUGAAAAAAAGACAUUGUGAGAAAAUCGAAGGCUCCAAAUCUUUAGCGCAGAGCUGGAGAAUGAAGGAUCGGAUGAAGACAGUUAGUGUGGCCUUGGUCCUGUGCCUGAAUGUGGGCGUGGAUCCUCCAGAUGUGGUGAAGACAACACCUUGUGCGAGAUUGGAGUGCUGGAUCGAUCCUCUGUCUAUGGGUCCUCAGAAAGCUCUGGAAACUAUCGGUGCAAACCUACAGAAGCAGUAUGAGAACUGGCAGCCAAGGGCUCGGUACAAACAGAGCCUCGAUCCCACUGUGGAUGAAGUCAAGAAGCUCUGCACGUCCCUGCGCCGGAAUGCCAAGGAGGAGCGGGUCCUCUUCCACUAUAACGGUCAUGGGGUGCCCAGGCCUACCGUGAACGGAGAAGUCUGGGUCUUCAACAAGAACUACACUCAGUACAUCCCUCUGUCCAUAUAUGACCUGCAGACCUGGAUGGGCAGCCCGUCCAUCUUUGUCUACGACUGUUCCAAUGCUGGCCUCAUCGUGAAGUCCUUCAAGCAGUUUGCACUGCAGAGGGAGCAAGAGCUGGAGGUAGCUGCAAUUAACCCAAACCAUCCACUUGCCCAGAUGCCCUUGCCUCCAUCAAUGAAAAACUGCAUCCAGCUGGCAGCCUGCGAGGCACACGAGCUCUUGCCAAUGAUCCCUGACCUCCCAGCCGACCUGUUCACAUCCUGUCUCACCACUCCCAUCAAGAUUGCUCUGCGCUGGUUUUGCAUGCAGAAGUGUGUUAGUCUGGUGCCUGGAGUCACACUGGAUUUGAUAGAAAAGAUUCCUGGUCGGCUGAAUGACCGGAGGACCCCUCUGGGUGAACUGAACUGGAUCUUCACAGCCAUCACAGACACCAUCGCCUGGAAUGUGCUCCCUCGGGAUCUCUUCCAAAAGCUCUUCCGACAGGACCUGCUGGUGGCAAGUUUGUUUAGAAAUUUUUUAUUGGCAGAAAGAAUCAUGAGGUCGUAUAACUGCACUCCAGUGAGCAGCCCACGACUCCCACCGACAUACAUGCAUGCCAUGUGGCAGGCCUGGGACCUUGCUGUGGACAUUUGCCUGUCUCAGUUGCCAACCAUCAUCGAGGAGGGCACUGCCUUCAGGCACAGCCCAUUCUUUGCUGAGCAGCUGACGGCAUUCCAGGUGUGGCUCACAAUGGGUGUGGAAAACAGGAGCCCCCCAGAGCAGCUGCCCAUUGUCCUACAGGUGCUGCUAAGCCAGGUGCACCGGCUGAGGGCCUUAGACUUGUUGGGACGCUUUUUGGACUUGGGUCCCUGGGCGGUGAGCUUGGCCCUGUCAGUGGGCAUCUUCCCCUAUGUGCUGAAGCUGCUCCAGAGCUCAGCCCGAGAGCUGCGGCCACUCCUUGUCUUCAUCUGGGCCAAAAUCCUCGCUGUGGACAGUUCGUGCCAGGCUGACCUCGUGAAGGACAACGGUCACAAGUACUUCCUUUCCGUCUUGGCAGACCCAUAUAUGCCAGCUGAACAUAGGACCAUGACAGCCUUCAUUCUUGCUGUAAUCGUCAACAGCUACACAACAGGGCAAGAAGCCUGCCUGCAGGGGAACUUGAUUGCCAUCUGCCUGGAGCAGCUCAGUGACCCACACCCCUUGCUGCGCCAGUGGGUGGCCAUUUGCCUAGGAAGGAUCUGGCAGAAUUUCGACUCUGCGAGGUGGUGUGGGGUAAGAGACAGCGCCCACGAGAAGCUCUACAGCCUCCUCUCCGACCCCAUCCCUGAGGUUCGAUGUGCAGCUGUGUUUGCCCUUGGCACCUUUGUGGGAAACUCUGCUGAGAGGACCGACCACUCUACCACCAUCGACCACAAUGUGGCCAUGAUGCUGGCCCAGCUGAUCAAUGACGGGAGUCCCAUGGUCCGAAAGGAGCUGGUGGUGGCUCUGAGUCACCUUGUAGUUCAAUAUGAGAGCAAUUUCUGCACUGUGGCCCUGCAGUUCAUGGAAGAGGAAAAGAACUACCCCUUGCCUUCUCCUGCAGCCACAGAGGGGGGGAGCUUGACCCCAGUUCGAGACAGCCCGUGCACCCCCAGACUCCGUUCAGUGAGCUCCUAUGGGAACAUCCGAGCUGUCACCACAGCUAGGAACCUGAACAAAUCCUUGCAGAAUCUGAGCUUGACAGAAGAAUCGGGCAGCUCAGUGGCCUUCUCCCCUGGGAACCUCAGCACCAGCAGUAGCGCCAGCAGCACCUUGGGAAGCCCUGAGAAUGAAGAGUACAUCCUGUCCUUUGAGACCAUCGACAAGAUGCGGCGUGUGAGCUCCUACUCGGCACUCAAUUCCCUCAUAGGAGUUUCUUUUAAUAGUGUUUACACUCAAAUUUGGAGAGUCUUGCUACAUCUAGCUGCUGAUCCCUAUCCAGAUGUUUCUGAUUUGGCCAUGAAAGUCCUCAACAGCAUUGCUUACAAGGCCACAGUGAAUGCCCGGCCCCAGCGAAUCCUCGACACAUCCUCGCUCACCCAGUCGGCCCCAGCCAGCCCGACCAACAAGGGCAUGCACAUCCACCAAGUGGGAGGCUCCCCCCCAGCAUCUAGCACCAGCAGCUGUAGCCUGACCAAUGAUGUGGCCAAGCAGACUGUCAGCCGUGACCUGCCCUCCAGCCGCCCGGGCACUGCGGGCCCCACAGGGGCCCAGUAUACCCCUCACUCCCACCAGUUCCCUCGAACACGAAAGAUGUUUGACAAAGGCCCUGAUCAGACCACAGAUGAUGCAGAUGAUGCUGCCGGACACAAAAGCUUCAUUUGUGCUACGAUACAGACUGGGUUCUGCGACUGGAGUGCCCGCUACUUUGCCCAGCCAGUCAUGAAGAUCCCUGAAGAGCAUGACCUGGAGAGUCAGAUCCGUAAGGAACGAGAGUGGCGGUUCCUGAGGAACACUAGAGUCAGAAAGCAGGCACAGCAGGUCAUCCAGAAGGGCAUCACCAGACUGGAUGAUCAGAUAUUUCUGAACAGAAACCCUGGCGUCCCCUCUGUGGUCAAAUUCCACCCCUUUACACCAUGUAUAGCUGUUGCCGACAAGGACAGCAUCUGUUUUUGGGACUGGGAGAAAGGAGAGAAGCUGGACUAUUUCCACAAUGGCAACCCUCGGUACACCAGGGUCACCGCCAUGGAGUACCUGAAUGGCCAGGACUGCUCCUUGCUGCUGACAGCCACAGAUGACGGUGCCAUCAGGGUCUGGAAAAAUUUUGCUGAUUUGGAAAAGAAUCCAGAGAUGGUUACUGCAUGGCAGGGGCUCUCAGACAUGCUGCCAACAACACGAGGAGCUGGGAUGGUGGUAGACUGGGAACAAGAAACUGGCCUCCUCAUGAGCUCAGGGGACGUGCGCAUUGUCCGAAUCUGGGACACUGACCGUGAGACAAAAGUGCAGGAUAUUCCCACGGGUGCUGACAGCUGUGUGACAAGUCUGUCCUGUGAUUCCCACCGCUCACUCAUUGUGGCUGGCCUGGGCGACGGCUCCAUCCGAGUCUAUGACAGGAGGAUGGCACUCAGUGAAUGCCGGGUCAUGACUUACCGAGAGCACACUGCGUGGGUGGUAAAGGCCUACCUGCAGAAGCACCCUGAGGGCCACAUCGUGAGUGUGAGUGUCAAUGGAGAUGUGCGCUUCUUUGAUCCUCGGAUGCCUGAGUCCGUGAAUGUAAUGCAGAUUGUGAAGGGGCUGACAGCCCUCGACAUCCAUCCCCAAGCAAACCUGAUCGCCUGUGGCUCCAUGAACCAGUUCACAGCCGUCUACAACGGAAACGGGGAGCUGAUCAACAACAUCAAAUACUACGAUGGGUUCAUGGGCCAGCGCGUUGGGGCCAUCAGCUGCUUGGCUUUCCACCCACACUGGCCUCAUCUGGCAGUAGGAAGCAAUGACUACUACAUCUCUGUGUAUUCGGUGGAAAAGCGCAUCAGAUAGCGGCACCCAGGACUCCUGCCAGGCUGCAGCCACCCUCUGCUGUACAUAGUGAACCAACUGCACUGCUUGGGUUGCAGUGCCCACCUACCUACCCACCUUGCAAACCUUGGCUCCCAAUUUGGCCAUGGCCAACUGAGGAGGGGGCUUGCACUUCUUUCUGUCUGUCUUCACUGUAAUGUACAAGUCCAGAGCAGGGGAGGGUUUGAUGCUGCUUCCCAUCAAGAACCAGCACCCAGGCACCAAGGACCUCAUGAUGCCUCUCAGCACAUCAUGGUCCUUUUCUGUCCUGUUUUCUUCUGAGAUUUUACAAAGGGAUACAUUUAGUUUUUCCAUGUGAUCAAAGCAUUAGUCACAGGACAGAUGGAGCCCUGUAGAAACACUGCGUUUGGGGCUCCUGAGAGCCGUGGCCCAGCCCCACUGUCCUCUCAUGUGGACAGGAACCCCUCAGAGUAGGCUGGGCAAUGCUGAAAAAUGGAAGAAAGCAAUUGAGGAGGAGAGGGGAGGCCUCUCCUGCUACCCAAGUAUGGAAGUCUGAGCCUGGCCCUCGUAGGGCACAGAGGCAGCCCAGCACACCCACCUCAUGGCUGGGUAUGUUAUGAUGGUGUGAGGAAAGGCCCCCGCCUGCACAGCUAGACCUCUGAGGUCUAGUCUGGGCUCCUAACAUGAACUGGGUUACAGGAAAGGACUCUGUGGCUGCAGACAGAUGAGGCAGAUCCGUAGAAUUAGCUGUUGCCUCAGCCUGCCAGGCUCAUUCUGAAGUGCUUCUCUCCCAUAGGGCAGUAGCAGUGGCCACGGCCCCUAGCUCCCUGUGUGUGCCACACACGGGCACACAAGCAUGCAGGCACGCAGCCUCCCCAUCCAUGCCCAAGCACAUAUGGGUGCCCUGGUCUUCCUGUCUGUGCACACUGAGGGUGUGCACAUGUGCGGGUCCACAGUCUCCCCUCCUGCACAUGUAUGAGCACUGUGGCCUGCCACAGGUGCACUCACAUGCUGGCCUCACACUCAUCACACACACACACACAGGUUCAGAGACUGCAUUGGACCCUAGAGGCAUGUGGGCAGCAACAGCCCCAUGGAUGGUGUGACUAAGGUUGCAUGAUGCAAUCUGUGAUGUGGAAGAGUUUCUCAGCAGUGUCCUGGUGUGCUGUCAUGUGUCUGUGUGCACGUGAAAGUGAGGGGCCAUGGACAUUUCAGCCCUGGAUGGAGCACAGCAUUGCUGAGGAGUUGCACACAAACAGGGCACAACAGUAAUGAUGUUUUGAAAAGCAUUUUCCGUUUUCCCUGGGAAUCAGGAUCUUUCAGAGGAGGACAAAAUGGCUUAAUCAGGUCUGCCACCAGGAGUCCACACAGGUUGGUACAGUGAGGGCAGAGGCUGGGUCCCUGUGCUGUGCUCAACGGAUCUGUUUUAGUCAAGAGCAUCUUCCUUGUGAAAGGAUCCCUGCAGGCAGUCCUGGGCUGACCACAGGGCCAGAUGGGGCUGGACAAGCAGGACAGGAGACCCUUGUAUCAGGAGGAAGGCUCAUCCACUUGGCCAGACAGCAGCUUGGAGUCAGGAAGGCCUUGGGACCACCUGACAUCCCCAGGAGCCCACUUGCCCAGUUGUGCAGAGCGUUCCAGUGGGGGACACGCUGGAACCUUCCAGCAGCUGGACUCCAAAUGUGGUCCAGCUCAGUCCCUGUCUAGCUGGUGGUUCUGUUUUGGUGCACGAGGCCACCUGAAGGGUUGAGUGACCUCCCUUCCCUGGUGGAGCUGCAGUGCUUGACCCUGCCCACGGGCUGGGCCUUCACAAGUCUGAUGCGAAAAUUCAAUCAUGAAGCUAACUAAGGCUCGAGAGAGCGCUGGCCUAGAGUUCAUUGUCUCUAUUUAUUUUACCCAAAUGAGAGUUGAAAAGGACUGACAAGACGUGGGACUGCGAUGAAGCUCAGAGCAGUGACAAGCAGCAAGUGUUAAUAAAGAAUAAAGCCGUGAGAAGAGA